UCGAUCGGUGACAGUUGAGCGCGAGCGAGGUGCCAGUCCAGUUCGUUGACGGAACACGACGGCCAUGUCACGAUUGUUGUGUGUGCUAUUGACGCUUUAUUGGCUCUUUCUGAGCCACACCAGAGGCUACUACAGUCUGGAGGUGGGUGAUCCAUGUCCAACGCCUGACUAUCGGAGCAGCUGCCAACCGGCGGAGGAUUGCCAGACGCUGACGCAUUUCAUACAGCGGCGACAAUUCGAUGCGGAUGCCAUUGCCAGCUGUGGCUUCACUACACACGGUGAAAAAGAUUUGCUGUCCCCCUCGACGCGGACAGCGUUGAUUGGCGCCAGGAGCACCACAACAACAACAACAACAACUACCACUACCACGACCACAACAACAAGUGCACCGCGACCCGAGUGGAUGGAUAUCUUUAAGACCGAUCGCGAUUAUCUGCUGCAUGCCAGAGCGAUUACCUUGCCACCCAAUCCCGAUAGCAUUGUGUUUCCCGGCCUCACAUCGCGCACGAGAAGCGGACAGUGUCAGGCGCCGCUCUACGAUGGCGAUUGUCUGCCCAUCUCCAAGUGUCGCAGCCUCGAGCUGCUGCUGCAACAGCAGCGUCUGAGGGAUGAGGAUGUGCACACCUGCCGACCCGGCACCGUGGAGGAGAUCAUCUGUUGUCCGGUCAGCUUGCCGCUACAGCCGCGCUCCCAGGACAGCGGGACAUCCAUUGAGCAGACGUCCGUUCAGCAGCUGUCCACACGCUCGGGCUUUGGCCAAGUGGCCCAGAGUUCGAGUUCGGGCAGUGAGGAGUUGCUGCAGCACAAUCGCCAUCUCGCUGCGCUGGCUUAUCCCAAUGCACGCUUCGAUGGGCAUUGGCAUCGGUGCACAGCGUUGCUGUUGACGCCACAGUUGCUGUUGGCCUCCGCCGGCUGUGGGCGGCCAAGUCAUGCGGUGUUUGGCGUCGCCGAUUUGGCGGAGUUGGACGAGGACGAAGAUGAACUGGCAGACAUUACACGCAUUUCGCUGUACCGUGAGGACUUGGCGCUGUUGAAGCUGCCGCUGCCGCCACAGCGUCGCGAGUUGGCCACAAUUUGCAGCCACUUGGAGCAGACACGUUGGCAGACCACGGGACAGCUGAUAGCCAGCGCCUGGGCCAAGGGCAAUGCCAGUGACUGUUUGCUCUAUGAGCUGCCCAUGCGUCUGCUGCCCACUUCUGCCUGUCGUGGCAUCGGCAAUUCAUCUUCCAUUCCGGAUCUGCCAUCACGUCACAUGUGCGCUGAACCUCUGCAAUCGGCUGCUCUCUCGGUUAGCCACAGUUCCAACAGCAGCGAUCAAUCUUGUCUGCCGUGUCCUGCUGUUGUCGGCAGCGUUUUGCAUUUACAACGCCCCGAUGGCGGACGUUGUGUGUUGGGCGUAGCCACGCCCACUGGCUCUGAUUGUGCCGCCGAUGUUAUGUACUUUACGAGUCUAGUGGAUCGGCAAUUGGUGAAAUUUGUCGAAGAUCUGCGACUGAAGCCGUAAACUUACGUUUGCGCUCUUGUCCCACAAAAUGUGAUUAACUAUUUUUAUUUGCUCCGAUGUACCAUAUAACUAUACAAAUACUACGUAAUUAGUUUAAGCAGCAUUUGCACAAUUUGUACCUAAGCUUAAAUAAUGAUAUACUUUAAACAAAACAAAACUAUUUUUAUAAACUGGUUUUCCAUCGGUCACUCGCAAUGUCAUUGUCUUCAGC